UUAAACUUAGUCUCUUUCUAUCUACAGUAUCUUUGUAUUUGAAAAAAGAGAUAAACAUAUUUUAGUGAAAGAGAAUGAAUGGUUCAAAUAACUCCAUUGAUCGCAAGUUAACAGUAAAAAGCCAAUUUAUAAUCUCUCGAUAAAUUUAUUAAAAUCUGCAUCUUUCACCUUACCGACAUUGCUGCUGAGUUUUCGCUGUUCGUGAAGCAUGAUAACAAGGUUUUAAAACAUGAUUGGGUUUGUUUUGUUACUUUUGGGCUGGCUAGACCUAAGCCCAGUACCAUUUCUUGCUCAUAUAAUUGGAACUACUGAGCCAGCUUUAAAGCUUCUAAUAUCAAUCUUACUGGGGUAUCCUUUAGGAGUUAUAUACAAUGCCAAGAUAAAAGAACAUAAACCACUGAGGCAUAUUUACUUUGCGUUGAUGGGGGUUGAUCUUGCAAUUUACAAUUUUGGGUGGUCAUUUAUCCAUAAUGCUAUACCUGCACUUGUAAUUUAUCUUACUACAUUGUUGUUUGGUCCAGGGAAAUGGAAUGCAAUUAUAACAUUUGUAUUUAACAUGACAUAUCUAUUAAUUGGAUAUGUCAUGACAGAGUCUGAGGAUUAUGAUAUAACAUGGACAAUGCCCCACUGUGUCCUGACCCUAAAAUUGAUUGCACUUUCGUUUGAUAUUUGGGAUGGCCAAAAAUUAAAGCAAGGAAAAGAAUUAUCAAGUAACAAUAAAAUAACAGCUUUGGAAAGGGCACCAACACUCUUAGAGCUUUUUGGAUUUGUUUAUUUUCCUGCUUGUUUCCUUGUUGGGCCUAUAUUUUCAUUCAAACGAUACCUUGAUUUUGUUUCUGACAAAUAUCCUCUUGAUAGAGAGUCUAAAAGUCUCAAAAAGCAUGCAGUACAAAGGCUUGUCCAAGGUCUUGCUUAUUUAAUAGCAUUUCAAGUAGGAGUCUCUAUCUUCAAUAUUAAAUACAUGAUGUCCGAUGACUUCUGGGAAACAUCUAUUUUUUACCGUCAUUUUUACUGUGGUUUAUGGGCCCAUUUCGCUCUAUACAAGUAUAUUUCCUGCUGGCUACUUACAGAAGCCUCAUGCAUUCGUUUUGGAUUGUCUUACAAUGGAAAUGAGGUAACAAAAGACGGGAUGGUUGCCAAGUGGGAUGGUUGUAAUAACAUCAAGCUGAUGCUUUUCGAAGGAGCGACUAAAUUCCAACAUUAUAUAGACAGCUUCAACUGUAAUACAAACUUCUUUGCAGCAGAAUAUAUCUACAAAAGGCUUAAGUUUUUAAAUAACCGUCAUUUAAGUCAGUUUUGCACACUCUUAUUUUUGGCUCUGUGGCAUGGACUACGUUCUGGUUAUUACAUGACAUUCUUCAAUGAAUUCAUCAUUAUAUUUAUGGAAAAAGAAGUGGAAAGUAUUAUUUCAAAAACCACCUUUUAUGAGAAGAUCUGGAAUUCACAUUUGAAGUAUGUUAUGUAUGUAUUCCUAAAAACUUAUACUAUCGUUUUUAUGGGUUGGAGUUUAGCUCCCUUUGAUCUCAAAAUAUUCUGGAAGUGGUGGCAAGUAUACUAUAGCUUAUUUUUCUCAGGUUUCUUUAUUUUCUUGCCUUGGCCAUUUUUAUACAAGCGACUCCUUAAAAUGGCGGUUAAAACAUACUUAAAACCCAAACUUGAUGAAAAGUCAAAAAGUUCUUAACAUUAUAAAAAGGGAUUGUAGAUAAAAAAUAAAGCACAUAGUUAAUAAUAAUAUUAUGAAUAAAUUAAUGCAUGCCUUUUAGUCAAAGAUAGAUAGAUAUUGAUUAUUAUUAAGUAGACUGAUCAUUUAUUAUAGUACUGAUGCAUGAUAUAGUUAUAAUAAACUAUAGCUUAUGCUUGUCGAGCAGAGCUCCAUAAAGUUUUUUUUUUUAUAUAUUAUUGUUGAGUAGCCCGGUGAAGUUAGAAAAAUAUGUACAUUUCUGAAUAAUUAUUACAAUUAUAUGGCAGUAGGGGCAGUAAAUUUAUAAGUUCGAAAAUUAACGCUAUUUAAGUAAAGAUAUUGUUAUGAUUUUACGUACUAAACAUUUUUUAUUCAACUGUACAAUGUCAUGUGAUGAGUCAUGUUUCAGUGCUUUAGUACUUGUACUUAAGUAAAUGUAAAUGAACCCAGAACAAAUUGUGUUACUAAUUUAUUUAUUUCAUUUCUCUUCAGACUUUCUUUGACAUUCUGUUAUAAUGUAUUAUUAAAACAGUAAGCUAAACUUUAUUGUUCUUUAGAUGAGAGAUCUUAGGUUAAGAUUUGGAGUUGAGUCAUAACGCUUAGCAUAUGACUUCACGAAACAAAUCCAACACAGUUUUGUGAUGUAACUGUGAACUUUUGACUAAUAUUUGGUUAAACACACUUACUUCGAUAAGUCCGUCUUUAGUCCGUUAUAAUAAUCAUUGUGUCACAGUUUUGGUAGACAACUGAAUUCAAUAUUUGGAAUGUUUUAUGUGAUGUACUGAAUCGAAGAAGUACAAUAAAUAUUUUUUAAAGGCAGCACUAAUUUAAAGUUUGAUUUGAUCUUUUUUGGUAUAAAUUUUGUAUCAAUGGCCGUUUUGCUCAAUUUGAAUAACUAUUAUUAAAUAGGUCCAUCAAUUUUAUUGUGAGCCUUACUGCACUUUUUGUUAUUCUAAUCUUAAUUGAAAUGUAUAUAAUUUAUUAACAUUUAGUUACAAUAUCUAGAGAAUAUGAUUUUAUAUACGC